AUGGCACAGCGUCUGUGUGCUGCGUGUUCGCGCUUCGCAAAAGACUUUGCUGAGGCAGAAGAAAAAGUCUCGUUUCCCCGCGCUCAAACCCUUGCCCCCAACAUCCAUGCUCUUCGAAAAUCAGCGCAGAAUGACUGCCAGCUUUGCCAAAUUAUCUACCAGUCAUAUUUCUAUAACACCUUUGUAUCCUGGUCAGAGGAGACGUUUCCCAUUCACCUCCAGACAUGGUCUUAUAGCCCUGUCCGCGACGACCGGCUGCCUCCCCCUGGUCAAGACCCAAUAAAGCCAGAGUUGUUGUCAAUAGGUGUCGGAAAGACAAUAGAAAGUAGCGUGUGGCAUGGUGAACCACUGAUCGUGAAUAAGAAAACCGAAGCAUUAGUCAAAGCUCGCUAUUCACGCACCUCGAGUUCUAUCGCCGAUCUGUCUUCAGAUGAAGGCGUUGAAAAGGCUGUUGCAUUAGCCAAAAAAUGGUUAGCAACUUGUUGCACCAAUCACACCAACUGUUGUAUGUCUCCUGACAAUCAACAUCUAGCAGAGACAUUACCAACAAGAGUAGUUGAUGUUGGCUCUAAGGACGAAGGACUUGCCCCAAAGCUCUUAAUACCGACUCAUCCCCUUGGGGGUAUUAACUAUGUUGCUUUGAGCUAUGCAUGGGGAUCUGGCCACGACUUCGCAAAGACUACAGCCUCCAAUCUCGAUGAUAUGACCAGAUGUUUGCCCUGGGACAAGCUUGCAAAGACAAUACAGGAUGCCAUUAUAUUCACAAGGAAAUUAUCGAUCAGAUACCUAUGGGUCGAUGCCCUUUGCAUCUUGCAAAGCGAAGGACCAGAUGAUGCACAACAUAGAGCUGAUUGGUCCUAUGAAGCCGCUAGAUUUGGCCAGUACUAUCAAAACGCCACCUUGACGAUCGCGGCAACCGGGGCUAUAUCAUCCAGCGAAGGAUUGUUUCUACGAAGACCGGCACUUGAGUUUGACCCGGAGCCGGUUAUUCUCAAACAAAACACGAAUAGGGGCGAGACUAAUGUCUUUAUCAUUCAACCACCGUCUCCAUUAUGGGCUCCGGCCAUACGAAAUGCUGCUCUUCGAACCAGGGGAUGGGCCAUCCAAGAAAGGGUCUUAUCAAAGAGGAUACUACACUUUGGCGCAAGUUAUUUGCUAUGGGAAUGCCAUGAAAGCCGGGUUACAGAGACGAAUCCCGGCGGCACCGACUCUCUUGCCUAUAGCGAUACAGGUGAAGACUUUAUUUCUGCCUUCAAAGACAUUGAUAACCGCCAGGAAGAUGACAUCAUGAGAUCUUGGUAUCAAUUUAUAGAUAUUUACUCUUCAACAAGCUUUUCUUUCCAUACAGACAAGCUCCCAGCUUUGUCAGGAAUUGCGACUCGGAUCAAAGACCGCUUUCCACAGGACUACAUCGCCGGAAUAUGGGAGUUGGCUAUUCCAGAAGGACUGGCCUGGAUGGCCCGGGAAACGGAAGAGCCCGACCCGGGCUCUGAUCUACCGUCAUGGUGUUGGGCUACCAGACGGUCUGUUUCAUUCUUCUUCGUAUGGGACAAUAACGAUUGGAAUCCAAUGCUAAAAGUCAAGUCCUGGUCAGUCACGGCAAAUGGUCCGCAGACAUCGGGUCAAAUACUCCAAGCAAGAUUGAUUAUUAGUGGCAUUUUCAAAGGAAUAGAUUUAUCCGACCCAAGCUUGAUUUUCAAAUUCGGCUACAACACCGAUGCUGAAUGGACAGACAAUGUCACAAGCCUUACUGCUUUAGACCCUGGGUUCUCAGUGGAUCGGCUUCUAUUCAUUGAUGACGCGAGGUCUAUUAAGACUAUUGGCAACCAUCACCCUUGCCUCUUAAUAGGAAAAGCACAUGUUCCUUUAUCGGAUCUUACAGGGAAAACAUUAGUAGGAGUUGCGCUUAUACUGGAGCCCACAGGCCGUGUGGGAAGGUUCCAAGAGUAUAGAAGAAUUGGGCUUGCAUCUCUCUCCUUCAUGGAAUACUGGGCUGAUGUUCAAGAUAUGAGAACAAUUGAGCUUGUAUAG